GCAAGCGCGCGCGCAGCAGGCGGGCCUGUCUAACUUCCGAGUGGCCUAGGCCUGAGCUGGUAGGUGUUCCAGUUUGCUAAGAUGUUGCGAGUGGUAAGCUGGAACAUCAAUGGGAUUCGGAGCCCCUUGCAAGGAGUGGUAAACCAGGAACCCAGCAGCUGUGCCGCCAAGGCCGUGGGGCGCAUUUUGGACGAACUUGGUGCCGAUAUCGUCUGUCUCCAGGAGACCAAAGUGACCAGGGAUGUGCUGACAGAGCCCCUGGCUAUCAUUGAGGGCUAUAACUCGUAUUUCAGCUUCAGUCGCAACCGUAGUGGCUAUUCUGGUGUAGCCACCUUCUGUAAGGACAGUGCUACCCCAGUGGCUGCUGAAGAAGGCCUGAGUGGCCUGCUUGUUACCCAGAAUGGAGACGUGGGUUGCUAUGGAAACAUGGAUGAGUUUACCCAAGAGGAGCUCCGGGCUCUGGAUAGUGAGGGCCGGGCCCUCCUCACCCAGCACAAGAUUCGCACAUGGGAAGGGAAGGAGAAGACCUUGACCCUAAUCAAUGUGUACUGCCCUCAUGCGGACCCUGGGAAGCCCGAGCGUCUGGCCUUUAAGAUGCGCUUUUAUCGCUUGCUGCAGAUCCGAGCAGAGGCCCUCCUGGCAGCUGGCAGCCAUGUGAUCAUUCUGGGUGACCUGAAUACAGCCCAUCAGCCCAUUGACCACUGGGAUGCAGCCAACUUGGAAUGCUUUGAAGAGGACCCAGGGCGCAAGUGGAUGGAUGACUUGCUCAGUAACCUGGGGUGUGAGGCUGGCUCCCAUGUAGGGCCCUUUGUUGAUAGCUACCGCUGCUUCCACCCAAAGCGAGAGGGGGCCUUCACCUGCUGGUCAGUGAUCACUGGUGCCCGCCAUCUCAACUAUGGCUCCAGGCUUGACUAUGUGCUGGGGGAUAGGACCCUGGUCAUAGAUACCUUCCAGGCCUCCUUCCUACUGCCUGAGGUGAUGGGCUCUGACCACUGCCCUGUGGGUGCAAUUUUGAGCGUGUCCUCUGUGCCUGCAAAACAGUGCCCACCUCUGUGUACCCGAUUCCUUCCCGAGUUUGCUGGUACCCAGCUCAAGAUCCUUCGCUUCCUCGUUCCUCUUGAACAAGAUCCUGUGUUGGAGAAGUCAGUGCACAGCAUUCAAAAGGCACUGUCAUGCAAAAACAAAGUCCGUGUGCGCUCAACCAGGUCUCGGCCCACUCAGGCUGACUCCAGUAGAGGCCAGAAAAACCUGAAGAGUUACUUCCAGCCUUCCUCUAGCCAUCCCCAAGCUUCUCCUGACUUGGAGCUACCUAGCCUGCCAGGUGCCCUCGUGACUCCAAAGACUCUAGAAGAGGAGAUGAUGGACAAAGUGGUGGAGGAGCAGACCAAAGCUUCAGAAGCCAAAGAUGAAAAGGAGGUACAGACCUCAUUCUGGAAGUCUAUGCUGGGGGGACCCUUGCCUACACCCCUCUGCGGGGGCCACAAAGAGCCAUGUGUGAUGCGUACUGUGAAGAAGCCAGGACCCAACCUGGGCCGCCACUUCUACAUGUGUGCCAGGCCCCAGGGUCCUCCCACUGACCCCUCCUCCCGCUGCAACUUCUUCCUCUGGAGCAGGCCCAGCUGAACCAAAUUGAGGCCUGGGGAUGUCUGGCAUGGCCACCCCUGCACAUGAUCUGAGGUCAGCUCCCCUUAUCCUGAGCUGCCAGUGCUGUCUCCUCCUCCUCUAAGGCUUCCUUCUUAUCUCUUCCUCCUCCAAGCCUUCUCUUUCUCUCUUCUUCCUGCCUAGCUCCUCACUGGUGAGCUUCUUGUGCCUUAAUUCUGUGACCAGUCACCCACUCCACUUCCCACCUUCCUAUCAGAAGUACAAGGUAACUAGCUGCCCCAGAAAGUUGUGAUUUUAAACCCCUUCUAUCCUUGUUGGGAAAUGUAUCUUUGAGUAAAUAAAGUCUAUGCAUUUGUUUCA